AUUGAUUGGAGCAAAGCGUCUUGACCCAUAAACCCGAAAUCAAAAAGAAAAUUAAGAAACAUUUGGAGCAGACAAAAACAGAGCAGUCAGAAAGAAAACACACAGCAUCAACACAGAGAAGAAACAGAGAAACAGAGCACUCGGGAGCGAUUUGGAUGGUAAAUCAACACAACUAUUACUACUACUACUACUACUACUCUUCAUCACUACCUAUUAACCUUCCAUUUCUGAUACUCAAAACAAACCUGGGAAGCUCUCCUUACAUACCCAUGGAGCUUGCAAUCGCAUGAUGUUAUUUGGGUUUUUUUUUGUGAAAAGGGUACCUCUCAGUCAGUGCUUAAUGGGUCCUUGUUAGUACCAGAAAUGAACAUGGGGGAUGGUUUUGAGAUCUGGGUCUUUUACUUCUACUAAAAAUCUUGAAGUUUCGUGUUCUUCCUUGAAGAUCUGGUGCUUCCCAGGCGUUUCUGGAUCUUUAAGUUUGUGGGCUCUGUUCUAGAACUUGUAAUCUGUGGACCUGGAGGAGGAGGAGGAGUUGGGUUUUGUGAAACUUUAUCUGGGUCUUCUUUUUUUUUUGUCUUGUAAUUGUGACUUAGAGAUUGGUUGAAUCCUGGGGGGUGCGUUUGUGGUGAUUUUAAGCUUCGGAUGAGGUUCAAAACUACUCUGUUCUGUUGCGAAACCGGCUUCGGUUGAGGAGAGGGAACCACAUUUGCUGUUUCUUUGUUGGAUUGAAGGUUAUCAUUGAUUAGUUUGUGUAAUAAUGAGGCUCUCUGCGGCUGGUUUUAGUCCUCAGGCUCCUGAAGGUGAGAGGAGGGUCCUGAAUUCUGAGCUUUGGCAUGCGUGUGCGGGUCCUCUUGUUUCUCUUCCGGCUGUUGGGAGUCGGGUUGUUUAUUUUCCUCAAGGACAUAGUGAGCAGGUUGCUGCAUCUACCAACAAAGAGGUGGAUACUCAGAUCCCAAAUUACCCAAGUUUACCGCCACAGCUCAUCUGUCAACUUCACAACUUGACAAUGCAUGCGGAUGCUGACACUGAUGAAGUAUACGCUCAGAUGACUUUGCAACCCUUGAGUGCUCAAGAAUUGAAGGAAGCCUACCUUCCAGCUGAGUUGGGCACUCCAAGUAGGCAGCCAACAAAUUACUUUUGCAAAACUUUGACAGCCAGUGAUACCAGCACACAUGGGGGGUUUUCGGUUCCUCGCCGUGCUGCUGAAAAAGUAUUUCCUCCUUUGGACUUCUCCAUGCAGCCUCCAGCCCAAGAGCUGAUUGCGAGGGACCUACAUGAUAAUGAGUGGAAAUUUAGACAUAUAUUUCGUGGCCAGCCUAAAAGACACCUUCUAACAACUGGAUGGAGUGUCUUUGUGAGCGCUAAACGACUCGUUGCUGGAGAUGCUGUGCUUUUUAUCUGGAAUGAAAAGAACCAAUUACUCCUCGGAAUCAGGCGUGCAAGUCGACCGCAAACCGUGAUGCCUUCAUCUGUUUUGUCGAGUGAUAGCAUGCAUUUAGGACUCCUUGCUGCUGCAGCCCAUGCAGCUGCUACCAAUAGUCGGUUUACCAUAUUCUUUAACCCGAGGGCUAGCCCUUCAGAGUUUGUCAUACCACUGGCCAAAUAUGUGAAGGCAGUCUACCAUACUCGUGUUUCUGUCGGGAUGCGCUUUCGGAUGCUGUUUGAAACAGAAGAAUCAAGUGUUCGUCGCUACAUGGGAACGAUCACUGGCAUUAGUGACUUGGAUCCUGUAAGAUGGCAAAAUUCGCAUUGGCGCUCGGUCAAGGUUGGCUGGGAUGAGUCAACAGCAGGAGAGCGGCAGCCAAGAGUGUCGUUGUGGGAAAUCGAACCAUUAACAACAUUUCCAAUGUAUCCAUCACCGUUUCCACUUCGACUGAAGCGACAAUGGCCAACCGGACUGCCUUCGUUUGGCAUCAAGGAUAGUGACCUCGGAAUGAAUUCUCCGUUCAUGUGGCUACGGGGAGAUAACAGCGAUCGUGGCAUCCAGUGUCUAAACUUUCAGGGAAAUGGGGUCUCACCAUGGAUGCAUCCGAGGCUUGAUCCAUCCAUGGUCGGUAUGCAAUCCGACGUGUAUCAAGCCAUGGCUGCUGCAGCGCUUCAGGAGAUGAGAGCGAUCGAUUAUUCCAAACUAGCGCCUGCAUCGAUGCUGCAAUUUCAGCAGCCUCAAGGUCUCCCUUGUCAGCCUUCAACUUUAAUGCAGCCUCAGAUGUUGCAUCAGUCUCAAUCUCAGCACGCGUUUCUGCAAUCCGUUCAAGAACAUCAGCAGCAUUCUCAGUCCCAAACUCAAACUCAGUCACAUCACCUUCAGCCACAAUUGCAGCCUGAGCCGUCAUUCAAUAAUCAACAACCGCAGCAUCAACAGCAACCAAGACAGCCACAGCCACAGCCACCACCACAGCCACAGCCACAGCCACUGGUUGAUCAUCAACCGAUUCCUUGUACAAUCCCUGCUAUAUCUCAGUUCGCUUCAUGUUCACAAUCCCAAUCACCGUCCCUGCAAACCGUCCCUUCCCUUUGCCAACAACCAAGUUUUUCCGAUUCCAAUGGUAACCCUGUAACCAGUCCUACUGUUUCCCCAUUCCAUAGUCUUGCAGGGUCAUUUGUCCAAGACGAAUCGUCUCAGCUGCUUAACAUUCAACGAGCAAAUUCAGUAAUUCCUUCAGCUGGUUGGCCAUCAAAGAGGUCUGCUAUUGACCCUCUCUCUACUGGAGCUUCUCAGUACUUUCUUCCUCAAGUAGAAAGUGGUAUGUCUCAGAAUACGGUUGCAUUGCCACCCUUCCCCGGAAGGGAGUGUGCUAUCGGUGAUCGAGAUGAGGGUUCAGAUCCAGAAAACCAUGUUCUAUUUGGUGUGAACAUAGAGUCUUCAUCCCUUCUAAUGCAGAAUGGGAUGUCGAACCUUAGGGGAGUCGGCAACGAUAAUGUUUCCACAACACUACCUUUUUCUUCCAACUACAUGAGCUCAUCCGGUACCGAUUUUUCCGUAAAUCCAACGACAAAUUGCAUCGACGAAUCGGGUUUCUUGCAGCCUCAUGAAAACGUGGGCCAAGUAAACCAACCAAAUGGAACUUUUGUCAAGGUUCAUAAAUCAGGGACCUACAGUAGGUCCUUAGAUAUAACAAAAUUCAACAACUACCUCGAGCUACGCAGUGAGCUUGCUCGCAUGUUUGGCCUAGAAGGCGAGUUGGAGGAUCCUUUGAGAUCAGGCUGGCAGCUUGUAUUCGUUGACCGGGAGAACGACGUUCUUCUCCUUGGGGAUGGCCCGUGGCCGGAGUUCGUAAACAGUGUAUGGUGUAUCAAAAUACUUUCACCCGACGAAGUUCAGGAAAUGGGGAAGCGCGGUUUAGAACUUCUCAACUCUAUGCCAAUCCAGAGGCUUUCGAACAAUACCUGUGACGACUAUGGUAGCCGACAGGACUCGAGAAAUUUGAUAUCAGGGAUAACCUCCGUCGGUCCUUUCGACUACUGAGCGACUUACCUGGUUAGAACAAAAUCAUUCUACUCUCUUUUGUAAUUUUAGCAUCUUCUUUGAAUUCUUAAUAUGAGAUUAUGGAAAACGCUACAGAAAUCUAGUUUAAUGCUUCUGAGCUAGUAAUGUAAUUAGACAUUUUCUUUUUCUGAUCUGUACUGUCGUAUGUUGACGUAGGACGUCGAUAUUUUAUUCGAAGAAGAAGACUUAUGUUUAAUGAUGUCUUGUUUCUAUUGCUGUCUAUGUUAAUGAAGUAAAUUUUAG